ACGUCGAGGGUACGACAGACAGCAUGCUCGUGGAUAUGUCUCCUACCGGCGUGCUGGAAUCACCUAAUGCGUGUAUAAUAUCCAGCUUGGAAUUUCUCCACCUUCGAUCCGGUUUCGAGGUAUGUUGGUGCAAACGAUGUGCACCGUUGGAAAUCGGUUGUGAAUGCAGUUUUUAAGGUUUUUGGGCGCUUGUCUUCCAGUCCUCUCACUGUUGCCGUGGCUGUUCGCUCCAACAAAGAAAUAUAUAAAUAUCUAACUGCUUUAUGUAUUUUAUUUUUUACAUAACUAGUCACUUUUACCAGUUAUUGAUAGCGCCUUGUAAAUUCAAAUUUGAAGCUAACGUUACGUUUGUCCAAAACUCACUUGUCAGUAAUAAAACAGUACGUUAGAUUAAUUGCAGACAAAUUAAUUUGCAUGUCAGUAACGGAAUUAUUACCGUAUUUGCGAAGCAGAACCUAUUGGCAUUCUUUUAGCAUACAGGAUCCUUAAGCUAUGUUUUAUUACUUCUGUUUUAAAGGAAACUAGUGAACAUGUUUAAUAUUAUCAGAAGUUUACUUAGGUUUAUGAGAUGUUUAGCAUUCAAGACCUAAUCGUAAGAGAUGAUAACAUUUGCAUACUAAAUUGGAUUACGUAACGUUAUAUUUGCCAACCUAAACUAACCAAGCCAAAACUGUUUUCUUACUGACUUCCAAGCACUAGUAUGGGAAAGAUGUUUGCUUGAUGUGUAUCCGCCCUGAAUGGGUUAGUUGAUGUCUCAGGAAUGAAUUCUUCUCUCUCACAGCAGCGAGUUCAGGCGGUGAGCCGGGUGUCACGGUUAUGUCGAGUUUAUGGCCACAGGACUCAACAAAGAACGGAAACCUCAGUGGCGUGAGAAUGAACGGCGAAGGCACUGGUAUAGGGGCUCCGAGCCCAGCGGUGGCGGGGUAUUUGGGAAAAGUCAGUUAUGCUCAAAAUGCCUCACCAGGGAACUGUCCUUGGUGCUUGGCAAAAGGUCAGAAAAAUGCCCUCCGCUUUUAUGCUGUCAACCUGGAGGAGAGUGUUCUGCUCUGUACAAAUCCAGCUUGCCUUUACCCAUUGGUUAGUAGAUCUCUGGAAGAUGUGCAUGCUAGCUUUUCUAAAGAUGGAUGCAAGAGGAGCAUUUCCCUAUCUGAUGUGGAUGAAGCAUCCUCCCCUUCAAAGCGAUCAAGAGAGGAGAAACUGGGCAUGUUGUCUGGUGUACCUGAGCCAUGUUGUGCUGAUGUCAACGACAGCGCUCUACCAGAUGACACUGUCGAAACACAAAUGUUUACUGAGGAACAAUCAAUACUUAGAAAGAUUGACUCUAUUAAUGGCACUGAGGAACAACAUCCUGAAGAUCUACCUGCUGCUGCCACCCAUGAGGAUUUAGAUUUAUGUGACAGGAAGGUUGAUUGUGUGUCUAGUACUCAAGAUGAGGUCAAGGAGAUCGUUGGAAUGGAUGUAGAUGUGGAAUCAUCAGAGCUGGUUCCUGUGCAACCUUAUCUUUUCUGGAAAAUUGAGGACAACCUGUGUUGGUUGGAUUCGUUGUUGGCGAUGCUCGUGAACUGCAGGACCAUCAGAGAGACUCCAUGUCAGAAUGUAAAGCUGAUUGACAAGCUGACAUCAGUGCCUUCCAGCAGCUCUGCUGUCUGGAACCUUUGCUCCACAUAUGAUAAGACAUGCUCCUAUCUGAAAUCCAAGGAGCAACAGUGUGAAGAUGAGGUAACCAGAGUCCCCUCCGAUGUCCUGUGUGAGGCAGAGCAGCAGCUGUCUGCGCUCCGUCUGUCACUCUUCAAACUCCUUCAGCCUACACUCAAGUGUGAAAUUGGCCAGCAGGAAACACCUGUGUUUGCUCUCCCUCUCCUUCUGCGCUCCGACAAGUGGUCUCAAGAGCUUUUCCAGCACACUGUCCGUUGGGAAUUUAAGUGCACAUCUUGUAGUUAUACUCUAAAUAACAGUGUUGAGAAGACUCUUACAACAUUCACUCAGAUUCUGAAUGACUGGCACCCACUAAAAGCCAUCCACCGCAUGCAGUGCAGUAACUGCAACCGUAAAAACCAGAGGAGGAAAAUGGUGCUGGAAAAGCUGUCCUCUGUGUUUGCACUGCAUUUUGUGGAGGGCUUGCCCAGGAAAGACCUCUCUAAAUACUCGUUUGAGUUCCAGGGCACACACUACAAUGUUAGCACUGUUAUCCAGUACAAUAAGCAUCUAAAACACUUUGCCACUUGGAUCCGCCAGAGCAAUGGGUCGUGGCUGGAACUGGAUGAUUUGAAAUACCCUUACAGCAUCAUCCACAAGAGGUUCUCAUUUCCUGCUAAUGAAAUUCACAUUGUUUUCUGGGAAUCAGACUCUGUUAAAGGUGAAGCUUCAGAGGUUUGCUCACCGACAGCUCCCUCGGCGCUUACGAAUGUCGAUGAUAAACACCCGCACGAACUGUCAGACUCUGUGGCCAGUGACACAUGUGUCCUCAGCACACUCACUGUGGGAGAAUCGACUGCUGCCGGUGCUUUGGAUACAUCUAUAGGCAGCACCACAUUACCGGACACCUUUGAGGGUCUGUCACAUACAGACAUUGUGACCCUCACUCUGGUUGAUGUGGACACAGCCACUGAGGCUCUUCAGAUUCCCCAGAGCCCAGCCGUCGUGUCAUCUGCUCUUCCCACUCUUCCUGUAACAUCUAGUUCAUCUUGUAUCUCUGAGUCUGUUUGUCAACCUUCAAAACCCCAAAGCUCUGGUUUGAAGGAAUGCUCUUUGGUUUCUAAUCCAGUUGUGGUAAAGCCGUCAGUGGCUACACCAGUACAUGCACCUCCACUGCUUGCGUCUUCAUUAUUUCAACUUCAUUCUUCCUUCCAGUCGACACCAAUAAUACUUCCUCCUCCUGCUCCAAAACCAAAACCCAUUCUGAAAUGUGACAACGAAGCUGUGCUAGCAAAACCAGCUGACAUGUUCGGUGGCUUCUUAGGCAAGAAACUGCCAAAUUCAAGCAAUGGGAAUUCUGCGGUAGCGCCUCAGCACAAACCAGUCACCCUUUCUGGUAGCAUAUGUGGUGCAUCUGUUAAGAAAAGUCCCAGCCUUUCCGCAGACCAGCAGCCUGUUAGCACUACAGAAGCCCUCAGGCUGAAGCUACUGAAAAAACUCAAGGCUAAGAAGAAGAAACUGGCCAAACUAAACCAUCUUUUGGGAAGUGCAGGAGAAUCUGCACCAAAACCUGACAGCACAGCCCUCUCGUCGCCUUAUUCGGUCACCUCGAGUACGUCAGUGUAUGACAGCCCGGCGUAUGACCAGUUCUUCGCUGAACUUUUGUCUCCUGCGACAACCGUCAGUAACCUCUCACCUGACAGCACGGGGCUCCUUGAGAUGCUGAACAAUGGCCAGAAUGCGGAGACGACACAGAAAACUCCUCCUGUAGCAACUUUGGUUCCAGAAGCACCUUUAACCUACCCUUCUUCUAAUAAUGACUCCGUAUUGAAUCUUGACGAAUACACACAAUCAGGGAUGGGCCAGACUACAAUUGACAACACUGAUUUUAAUGGCUUAGAUAUAUUUUUCUGAUCAAGAAAAGCUUUUAGAUUUUACAAACCAUGAGUUUGGUCUGGUGUCAGAACAAGUUGUACUUAAGAACUCCUCUUUGUAGUUUUGUAUUGGGAGUGCAAGACUUUUGUUAGGAAAGCAUGUGUUGCAUCAUCAGUUAAAUCAUAUUUUCAUAUUUUGUCUCAUAUACUUGAAGAAUAAAGAGCAUUAAAUGGUGCAGAGAACGCAAUGUUUGAAGAUCAAAUUAUGCACAAUGCAUUUGUAAAGGUUUGUACAGUUGUUUAAUUUUUUUUUAUGAUUAUCAUUAUUUAAAGCGGUUCAUAUUAAAUGGUCCCAAAAAAUG